AUGUUCUGCUCCGCAAACAAGAAACAAGUAACAGCUGCAGCUGCAGCUCCUCCCAACAUACCCGUCCCUUCCUCGACGCGAGCUGUCGUCCUGCAGAACUAUGUUUCGGCAGAGCAUGCGUUGGACCUCUGGCCUUCUCCUGCGGGAACCUUCGAUGUCAAAGAAUUCCCGAUUCCUAAUCCAAUUCCGGAGGACUCGCUCCUCGUGAGGACCUUGUAUCUGUCUAACGAUCCUGGCAUGGGCCUCUUGUUGAGUAAGUCGAACAAAAACGACCGAGAAGAUGUGUCUACUCUUCCGCUUGGUACGCCCUUCCCAACCUAUGCGGCACUCGCCCGUGUUGUACGGGUCGGAGGCGGAGAGGGACGCGGGCCUCACAAGGUGGGCGACAUUGUCGAGGUUUUCCGAUCCCAUUGGUCGGAAUACGUCAUCGUGAAGAAGGACAAAGCGAGACCCAGAAAGGAAAUACCUGGCGUAAACAUCAGCUCGUAUCUUGGUGCACUUGGAAUCUCUGGUGGAACAGCAUAUUUUGCGUUGAUGGGAGUGUUGAAGCCCAAGAAAAGUGACACGCUCGUUGUGAGCGGCGCCGCAGGCGCCGUCGGAAAUGUAGCCAUUCAGUAUGCUAAGAAAGUCCUCGGAUUGGCACGCGUUGUCGGAAUCGCUGGUACCGAUGAGAAGUGCACCUGGUUGAAGAGUAUCGGAGCGGACGAAGCGAUUAACUAUAAGAGUGCAACGUUCGCCCAGGACCUUGUGAAAGCAACACCGGAUAAAGUUGACUUAUACUUCGAUAACGUCGGAGGUUCCAUCUUGGAUGAGAUGCUCACGCGCAUGAAACCACACGGAAGAGUCUGUCUUGUCGGGGCCAUGGCUCGUAAGCACGUCAACGAGCCAGCAGUCAUGAAUAAUUAUGCGGAGAUACUCCUAAAUAGGUUGGUAUUGGAAGGUUUCACAGCUAAUGACUACCUUGACCGCAUGGGCGAGGCAGAGCAGGCACUAGGCGGCGCCCUUCGUUCGGGGAAACUUAUCUUGCAUGGAGCCGAGACUUUAGUCGACAUACAAGGUCGUAUUGAAGAAAUUCCGCGUGUCUGGGGUGGACUUUUUGCUGGCGUGAAUACGGGAAAGCUGGUUACGAAGGUGGCAGAUUAG